CCUCCUUUGGGGAGCACAUGCACAGCAUCCCGGGCUGCCAGGUUCUCUGGAUAGCGUCCUCUUGGCAACCAACAAUGGCCCCAGCUGUGGAGAGCCCGGGAAUUGUUGGAGGUGAAUGAGAUGGCUUUCUGAGUGACCACCUCCCUAGUCCAUGGGAGAGAGCUGAGGAUCUGAUACCAGAGCUGCGCUGGAAAUGCCUAAGCUGGUUAACUCUCAUUGGACUCCGAUAGCCAAAUUGAACCGUCUGGCCUUGCAAGAUGAAGCAGCCACGAACGAACCCCUGGUUGGCUUAGCAAACACUUCUGAUGUCUCCGAUAAUGUGACUGCUUUGGGCAAUUGCUCGGAUGAGAAGAUGUUGAUCCGCAUGCACUACCUUCCUGUGAUUUACAGCAUCAUCUUCCUCGUGGGUUUCCCAGGAAACAUCGUAGCGAUUUCAACGUAUAUCUUCAAAAUGCGGCCCUGGAAAAGCAGCACUAUCAUCAUGCUGAACCUGGCCUGGACAGACCUGCUGUAUCUCACCAGCCUCCCUUUCCUGAUUCACUACUACGCCAGUGGAGAGAACUGGAUCUUCGGGGACUUCAUGUGCAAGUUCAUCCGCUUUGGCUUCCAUUUCAACCUGUACAGUAGCAUCCUCUUCCUCACCUGUUUCAGUAUCUUCCGUUACCUGGUCAUCAUUCACCCCCUGAGCUGCUUUUCCAUACACAAAACCUGGUGGACGGUAGUAGCCUGCGCUGUGGUGUGGAUCAUUUCGCUGGUGGCCGUCCUGCCCAUCACCUUCCUGAUUACAUCCACCACCAGGACUAAUCGAUCGGCCUGCCUUGACUUCACCAGCUCAGAUGACCUCACUACGAUCAAAUGGUACAAUCUCAUCUUGACAGCCACCACCUUCUGCCUCCCCUUGGUGAUUGUGACCCUUUGCUACACGACCAUCCUCAACACCCUGGCCCAUGGUCUGCAGACACACAGCUGCCUCAAGCAGAAAGCUCGGAAGUUAACCAUUCUGCUACUCCUCGUGUUCUAUAUCUGCUUCUUACCCUUCCACAUCUUGCGGGUCAUUCGGAUUGAAUCUCGUCUGCUCUCUCUCAGCUGUUCCAUGGAGAAUAACAUCCACGAAGCUUACAUCAUUUCUCGACCCUUAGCUGCCCUGAACACCUUUGGGAACCUGUUACUCUACGUGGUCGUCAACAAUAACUUCCAACAGGCCAUCUGCUCCAUUGUGAGGGCCAAACCCAAGGCGGACCACGAGCAAGCCAAGAAAACCAUUUGUUCAAACAACCCCUGAAAGGUUCCAUUCACUCAACAACAACCCUGCCAAAUCUUUGCCUCUAAUGCAUGUGAAGUGCUGAAUCUGACCCUCAGUGGCUCUCUCAGUAGCUUCUGUAUUGAAGUGACGCCAUGCCAGAGUAAGGACAGAACUACCAAGAGCUCUUUGCAUGAUGUUUAUUGAGCUCUUCCCUUGAGAAGACCCAUCUACGAGAUCCAUGUGGACUCAUGAAGUAUCUAAACACAGAAUCACCAACACUUGGACCUCAGGGCCAUCCCAGAGAAUAUCCGUUCUUAGCCAUUUAUUAGAUACACCUGGAAACUGAAAUCCACACAUCUUGCCUUGGAUCCCUAUACAUGAUUGGUGAGAUAGGGAAAACAUAAGACCCAGCAUUCACUUCCAAUUACAUGUUCUUUUACUCAUGGGGCCUUUUUGCAUUGAGGCCUUAGACUGGGUAUUAAUUUUUCACAUCUUACAUUGUCAAUUUUUUUUCCUUUCAAAUAUCACUUUGUGAUCCAAACAAACCAGUAAAAUAUA